AUGCUCAUGGAAGAUGGAUCUCAUAAAAUCCUAUCAGAAGUCAGAUAUAUACCAUCAAUUAAGAGAAAUCCGAUUUCACUUGGAAUGCUGGAGAAGAAAGGUUUCACAACCAUUCUUGCUGAUGGAUUCAUGAAGGUUUUGAAGGGCAAUGACAUUCUUAUGGUGGCUGAGAGCGUGAAUAAUUUGUAUUAUAUCAGAGCAGAGGCCCUCAAUGCAGAUCAGAUCAAUGUUGUAACAAAACUAAAGUUGAUAGACUGGCAUAACAGACUGGGCCAUCCGGGGUUUGGUGGAUUGAAAGAGUUAGCCAAGAAAGGUCUGAUAGCUUUGGAAGCGGGACUGGAUGAGGAAGAGCUCAGAUCUUGUGAAGAGUGUAUACUUGCAAAGAGCAAAAAGAUGCCAUAUGCAACUGGGAAACACACUUAA